AUCAUGCCUAUGUUAUAUAUAAGUGUGUAUAAAGUAUAUGAAUAACUGAUACAAUCAUUUGGAAAGUUUGAAGCGCACGGUUAAUGGUGUCAUUUUUGAUCCGGCGCAUUGCUUGACCACUCUCAAUUGAAGAGUACUUGGGGGCCUAGCAAUUUCACUCUGCGAAGACUAUUGAAGAUGGCGGACGUGUUAAGUGUUCUUCGUCAAUACAACAUCCAGAAAAAAGAAAUCGUCGCCAAGGGUGAUGAAGUUAUCUUCGGAGAGUUUUCCUGGCCUAAAAAUGUCAAAACCAACUAUGUCAUUUGGGGAACUGGCAAGGAGGGCCAACCCAAGGAGUACUACACACUGGACUCCAUACUCUUCCUCCUCAACAACGUGCAUCUUCCUCACCCGUCCUAUGUGCGAAGGGCAGCAACAGAAAACAUUCCGGUAGUCAGAAGACCUGAUCGAAAGGAUUUACUCUCUCAUCUCAAUGGAGAAAGUUCAACUUCAGCUAGUAUCGACAGAAGCGCUCCUAUAGAAAUUGGAUUGCAAAGGCCAACACAAGUUAAAAGGGCAGCAGAUGAAGUCUCUUCAGAAGCAAAAAAGCCAAGAGUGGAGGAUGAAGAACGAGUGCGUUUGGACAAGGAGCGUCUGGCUGCUCGCCUGGAGGGACACAAGGAAGGCAUCGUGCAGACGGACCAGAUCAGGUCUUUGUCCGAAGCCAUGUCUGUGGAGAAAAUUGCCGCCAUCAAAGCCAAAAUCAUGGCCAAGAAACGGUCGACGAUCAAAACGGACCUGGAUGAUGACAUAACCCUGAAGCAGAGGAGCUUCGUGGAUGCUGAAGUGGACGUGACCAGGGACAUUGUCAGUCGAGAGCGCGUGUGGAGGACGAGGACCACUAUUCUGCAGAGCAGUGGAAAGAACUUCUCCAAGAACAUCUUUGCCAUUCUGCAGUCGGUGAAGGCGAGGGAGGAGGGACGAGCCCCCGAACAAAGGCCGACGCAGAACGCCACCCAGGUGGACCCGUCCGUAAGAAACAAACAGCCCGUGCCCGCCGCGUACAACAGAUACGAUCAGGAGAGGUUCAAAGGGAAAGAGGAAACCGAAGGUUUCAAAAUCGACACCAUGGGGACUUACCACGGCAUGACCCUGAAGUCUGUGACGGAAGGAGCUUCUGCACGGAAGGCCCAGACGCCAGCACUGCAGCCUGUCCCUCGCCCAGUUUCUCAAGCCAGACCACCGCCAAACCAAAAGAAAGGUUCUCGAACGCCCAUUGUGAUCAUACCUGCCGCCACGACGUCGUUAAUCACCAUGCUAAAUGCAAAAGACCUUUUGCAAGACCUGAAGUUUGUGACGUCGGAGGAGAAGAAGAAGCAGGGCAUCCAGAGGGACAACGAGGUCCUGCUCCAGAGAAGGAAGGACCAGGUCCAGCCUGGAGGUGCCACGCUCAGCGUCACCGUGCCUUACCGUGUCAUCGACCAGCCCCUCAAACUGGCGCCACAGGAUUGGGACCGUGUGGUGGCCGUGUUUGUGCAGGGUCCUGCCUGGCAGUUCAAGGGCUGGCCGUGGCUUUUGCCCGAUGGAUCGCCUGUCGAUAUUUUUGCAAAAAUCCGAGCUUUUCACUUGAAGUACGACGAGGCCAAGACCGACCCUAACGUGCAGAAGUGGGACGUGACCGUUCUGGAGCUCAGCCACCACAAACGUCACCUGGACCGGCCUGUGUUCCUGCGCUUCUGGGAAACGCUCGACCGGUACAUGGUGAAACACAAAUCCCACUUGAGGUUCUGAGCCCAGACUGUCGCUUCGCUCCUUCAAGGCUGGAUCAAGAAAUACAAGGCACCCUCCCGUCCCGUUCCUGUUGGCGGAUAGCUUGCGUUUCCAGUCGCCCCCUCCUUCACGCCACCGGAGACCUCCACACCCCAGAACUACACGAGCCAAGAACAGAUUCCUUCCAUUGGGAUUCAUCCCGGACGGGAAAUUGGCAAAAAAAGAACUAAAUUAUCUUCUCCCUUCCCGUAGCGGUCUGUUACUGUGGGCACAAGGAGCUGGGCAAGGGUUUUUUUGUUCGUUUUUUUUUUCCCCUCCUGGGUUGGGGUGGUGGGGGGAGUUUAAUGUGCUCUCUCUCUCUCUCUCUCUCCACAUUAUAUAGUAAACCAAAACUAUAUUUUUCAACAGUAGUGUCUUUAUGUUCAAAUGUUAAAAAAUAAAAACAAAAAAAAAAGUUUCAUUUCCUUUCCCUAGGUGCUUUUUUGUUUUAUGUGGGGGGGGGGGGGAGUUGGGCAAAUUAUUAAUACAAAAAAAGGAUCUGUAAUGAUAUUUAAAGUGAGGGGAAAAUAUGAUAACUGCUGAAAGGCAAGAGAUAAGCAAGCAUUUGUUGCUGUGUAUUUUGCCUGUUAUCUUCUCAGUUAUUUUUAUUGCAUUAUAAAUGUGUGAUGGUAGCGUGCAACGUUCUAGCCAUAAGUAUGUCAGACCCCGGUUAAAUCAUAGCUGUAGAGGAGUAGCAUCAAUAGCAAAGCAGUAACAUGAUUGAAACCAAAUCUGAGCAAGGGCCAGUGGCGGAGAGCAUUUGUGGAGCGUUUGCAUGGAAUGGAAAUUGAUUUCUCUUGGAAUGCAUCAAUGGUGGGGGGGUCCCCCAUUCUCAGAACGUUCUCCCGUUCACGGAAGAGAUCAAUUAUGAAAUAUCUUUUUCUCAUUUUCAAGAACCGAUCAAGUGAACUUUCUGCACUGCUGUGCAAAAUUUUUUACGUUUCUGGAAAACUUAAGCAGUUUGUUCUUGGAGACCGACCAUUACGACAUACAAUAUGUCAUUUUUAGAGGGAACAGGUCAUUGGUAUAGUUUUGAAUAUCCAGUGGCAACGGUCUAAACAAAAUGAUUGUGAAAUUCAAAUUGAAAAGUGUGUUUUCAGACUAAUCUUCAGCUAUCCCACAGAGAUCUUUACCAUCAUCUCUCGAAGAUUUCACCCACUAGAGGUGCAUUCAAACUUUUGGGCAAAUGGAUCAUUUAAGCGCUUGAGUCUAUAUUGGAGGCUAUCGUCCCGGGAAUUAAAUCCAUUAAAGUACAUUAUCAUACUUACUGCUUAUGCCAUUACUGCUAUAAAUCUGCAGAAGAUUAAAACAUCAGUUUUCUUUAAAUUUCAUCUUGCUCUCUUUCCAGAUAUAAAAUAAUGUAUUUUUAUUUUCUUGUUUAUUUUACCGGCCAUUCGAAUAUUUUAGUGGGAAGAUGUGGGCUGGUUGGAAUUCAAUAAACUGAAGCCAAUGGCUCCCUGUUGCGAGCUGCAGUGUAAUACACCUGCAUGUUCCUUUCUGUUCAUCGUUCAUGUUGUACAGAUGCCCCUCCUCCGAAUGUCAUUAAAAUUUGUGCACUGUUACCAGUUGUGCUCCAAUUUAUUCUGCCUUUUUCCUGAAAAGUUAUGGAUAUGAGGAAAUAAAGAUUUUCAAGUCAA